CGGGCUUAUUUUUGUUGUUCGAGUGUUACUUCGGCUCUUCGGGUGACCUUCUGCGAUUGUCAGUCGUUUCCUUUUUGUGUUACAUUCCAGAAGUAAAAUUGAAAUGAGUUUAAGUGAUACACCAAAUCCACUGGUCGUCGAAAACUUUAUUGGAGGAAGUUUCGUCAAGUCCAGCAAAUAUCUUGACAGCUUCGACCCCUCUACAGGGGAAGUUUGGGCGCAAAUCCCCGACAGUGAUCUGACAGAGGUUGACGAUGCCGUUCAGCACGCAAGGAAUGCAUUUCCCAUGUGGUCAAAGACAACAGCAGCAGAGAGAGCCAAAAUACUUAUUAAAAUAGCUGAUUCCAUUGAAGAGAAUCUAGAUAAACUUGCUCAAGCUGAAUCAAAAGACCAAGGAAAGCCAGUUAGCCUGGCAAAAAGGAUGGACAUUCCAAGAGCAGCACUAAAUUUUCGAGCAUUUGCUGAAUCCAUUUGCCACCACCUCAAUAUAUCAAAUUGUAUACCUGAAAUGGGCUGCAUGAAUUACACAGUGAGAAAUCCUGUAGGAGUUGCUGCAUUGAUAAGUCCUUGGAACCUACCAUUAUAUUUGUUAACAUUCAAGAUUGCACCUGCUCUGGCUUCAGGAAAUUGUGUUGUGUGUAAGCCGAGUGAGAUUACGUCUGUUACGGCCUGGAUGCUCUGUAAACUUAUCAAAGAUGCUGGAUUGCCGAAUGGAGUACUUAACAUGGUAUUUGGAACUGGUUCCAAGGCAGGAGAAGCCUUAAUUAAUCAUCAAGGCGUCAAUGUUAUUUCAUUUACUGGAUCUACGAACGUGGGGCGUCAUAUAGGUCAAGUUGCCGCCAAGAGUAUUAAAAAAGUCUCACUUGAGUUAGGAGGAAAAAAUGCCGGAAUAAUUUUUGAAGAUGCAGAUUUAUCAAAAGUUGUGCCAGCUACAAUAAAUUCAUGCUUCCUCAAUCAAGGAGAAAUUUGUCUGUGUACUUCAAGAGUCUUCGUGCAACGCACAAUUUUCGACGAAUUUGUUCAACGUUUGGUGAAAGAAACCAAAAACCUCAAAGUGGGUCCUCCGAUCGAAGAUGUUUUUAUGGGCCCAUUGGUUAGUCAGGUUCACUUGGAGAAAGUUCGGAGCUAUGUUGAAAUAGCUCGAAAAGACGGAGCGCGUAUUCUUUGCGGCGAAUCCGUUGAUGAACUUUCUCUGCCAGCUCCGUAUCAAAAGGGAUAUUUUAUUCGACCAACCAUCAUAACUGAUUUGUCAGAUUCUUCAGCUUGCAUGCAAGAAGAAAUUUUCGGUCCAGUAGUGUGCUUGUCUCCCUUUGACUCAGAGGACGAAGUCAUUGAACGAGUCAACAACGUGAAAUAUGGACUUUGCAGUGCGAUAUGGGGUCAGAAAGGUGAUCGAUUGCUGCGAGUUGCUCAUCAGCUUCACGUUGGCACUGUUUGGAUUAACUGCUGGCUCGUUCGCUCUUUGGAUAUGCCUUUUGGUGGAAUGAAAGAAAGUGGAAUUGGACGAGAGGGGACUUCUCAUUCUCUGGAAUUGUACACUGAAGAAACAACGAUUUGUUAUAAAUUUCAAUAAUUAAAAUGACAUAUUUAGUCAUGUUGUAGCUAGUUAUUACAGGUUUACCUGUAAAUAUAUUUACUAAUGUCAUUUUUUUUAAAAUGACAUUUUUAUUAUAAUACAUUUUAUCUGUGAACCUUU